AUGAUACUUGCACUUACCUCUCUUGCUACCCUAGCCUUUUCGUUGGUGACUGCAGAUACUCCAUACCCGAAGGGUCAUCCCUUCCUCACUGAUGCUUAUCGCCCAGUGACGAGGAACCGAACGACGGUGUCCUUCAUUGAUCCUUAUACCGGAAGCAACCAGACUAUUGCUUAUGCUUUAUCUGCUACUGGAGAUGUGAUAUAUAAUGACGACUUGAGCUUCGGACCGGAGUCAGUACUCUUUGAAUAUAUCAACAAUCGAACCGACCGACGACCAGCACGCAGAGGUCUCGGAGUGAAGCCGACCCUAGCGUGGCCUGCUGCAACCCUUGUCUAUAAGUAUGAUUCUUGUGAAACACGAGAAUUGCUACAAGGUGUAGUAGACGCCGCCGUAAAGGAAUGGAGGAAGGGCGCUCCCUAUCUCACAUUCAAGGAAAUGGCACCAAGCGCUCAUGAUCCUGAGAGCGAAGGGAUUCUAACAAUAACAAAGCAUGACCCAGAAUCGUACUGGUGUUGGUCGGUGGUUGCUUGGGCUUACAGCAAAAAAGGCCGCCGAAUGAAUCUUCAAUGGCUAAGUGAAGCUGGUGGGAAGAGCUGCGGUCAAGAUCUCAGUGCGGCAAUACACGAAUUUGGGCAUGCUCUUGGGUUGAUGCACGAACACCAACGGCCAGAUAGAGAGGAUCACAUUACUGUUGACUGUGCCGGUUACGCCCCUUGGACCAUAGAUGGCUGCCCCGCUGCUUCAUACCCUACAUGCUGUAGUGGUAGCUCCGAUAGAUGUUGUGGCGACUGGCAUAAUUACGACAUCGCUCCAAGUAAUCGAUUCAACAAAUACGGAGAUUACGACUGCAACAGUGUUAUGCAUUAUAAUGCGGGCAGGGUCUUGAAAAGCAAGCCAGGGUGUGUCAUUAACCCUUCAGCUACACCGACCCAGGGGGAUUACAAUGCCGUAUGUGGAAUAUACGAGGCCCAAUGUACUCCUUGGAAGGCAGUGAAGUUUUGUCCAGCAAAGGAAAACGAGGAGUGCGGAACUUGCAAACCUAUUUCUGGUUUGAAUAAGUGUGAUAUCAGUACUUCAUGCAUUGCCACUGGCGGGAAAUACCACUGCGCUUGUCGUGCUGGGUUUAAAGCCAAUGCUCCAGGCAACGAUAUAUCGAAACACUUUCGAUUGCCGUGGGACAAUUAUCGACACCUAGUUUUUGUUCCUGAGAACACCCCCUGCAACACACUUUGUGAUAACCCACAUGGAUUUUCUCCUCAGCUCUGUGCCGAAGUCAAACUGAGGGAAACUUGUCCAAUUUAG